AUGGCAUUCAACGGCCCCACCGAUGAUGCCUUCCCCUUGCCCUCGCAAGAGGACAAGUUCACCGUGUCGCAUCUGCAGAAGGGCUUCAAGAUCAGUGCACGAAAGCUCCCUAUCUCGAAGUCGGGACCAAUUGACGACAUGUCCAAAAAGCUGGGCAUCCCAGUGCCGGAGAUGAUCUUCGGGAAUAACAUGGUAUCAAUUGAGCAUGUGGCUACGAGAUGGCGAUUAGAGUUCAAUGCCUUCGAUGCUCUAGACCAAGUCGACAAGACAGACAAAAACAUGCUGAAGGUUGCAUAUUCCAAGGAAUGGUCAAGUAGCAGAGAAAAAACGCAUGAAGGCAUCAAGGAAGUGGUUAAGCCUUUCGACUGGUCCUACUCAACGAAUUACAAAGGCACAAUAACGAACGGCAAGCCUUUUGAAGACAGCGAGGAGCUAAUCCCACUCGAACUUUUAAAACGACCUGACCCGAUACUAUUCUUCGAAGAGGUGUUGCUCUAUGAAAGCGAACUGGACGAUAAUGGCAUAUCCCUAUUCUCUUGCAAAUUACGAGUGAUGCCUGACAGAAUGCUGCUUCUGUGUCGGCUUUUUAUGAGACUGGACAAGGUUCUCGUCAGGAUUCGAGAUACAAGGAUCUACGUAGACUUCAAUACCGGCAAGGUCAUAAGAGAUUAUACCGAGAAGGAGGAGGAGUUUGAUACUGUUAGGAAGAGCCUUCUUUCCUCGGGUACGCUGCCUAAUGAUAUUACCAUCGCAUUGCGGGAUCCCAACCAGCUUGCACAUCUAUUACCAGAAGUUGCCCAUACUACAGAGGCUUUGAAUCUGCCUUGA